CGAACAAACACCCCCUUUUGGACUUUCAGACUACGCUUAGCGUGUGGUGAUAUUUUCGACGAUGUAUUUAAAUGUUAUAAAUUGUUAUUGUAUUAACUAGAUUUGAUUUUUUCUGAAUUUUGGAACAGUGUUUAAUAUCACAGUUUUCCUUUUUACCAGCUAGAAGGUCUGAAGUCUGAGUAAAAAACUGUAGAAAAUGACAAUGAUUUCGUUGAAAGCUGCACUUGGCCUUGCAGCAGGAGCUUCUGCAACUCUUUUUAUUGGAUAUUGUAUAUAUUUUGACCGGAAAAGAAGAAGUGACCCCAACUUCAAGAAGAAACUUAAAGAAAGAAGAACAGCGAAAAGAGAAGCUGCAUUGAAUGCAAAGAAUGGCAAAACAAAAAUUCCUGAUCUCAAAGAUCACGAAGCGGUGCAAAUGUUUUUCCUUCAGGAGGUUCAGAAGGGAGAGGAGUUGCUGGGAGCUGGGGACGAAGAAGGGGGAGUUGAACACCUGAGCAACGCAGUCGCAGUCUGUGGCCAGCCUAAUCAGCUGUUGCAAGUAUUGCAGCAGACGCUUCCUCCGCAUGUGUUCCAGCUGUUGCUGCUCAGACUACCGGCUGCCGGCCAGAGAUUCAUGGCGCAAUCAACUGCCUCUACUGCCACCGUAGUUGAUGAUGGCGUUGACUAAUCUAAACAACCUCUCCACGUAGUCAGAUCAUUCAAUGUCUUUAGACUCUUAUUUCUCUUUAGUAUUCUUCUUUUGAAUGUUUUUGGCAUUACAGGCUGAGUUAAAAACAUCAGUGAUAAGGUAUUUAUUUUCAACUAAACACAUUAUCAAAUGAUAAUUUUGUUUGUAAAUUGUGUAAGGAUAGUAUAGUAUCAAUAGUUGUCGUUUAAUUCCUUUGAUUUGAAUUUUGACAUCAAUUUAUCCUCAAAGUGAGUUUUGUUUCUUCAGUUGUAUUAUUCAAUAUUUAUAUCUGUUAAUGGAUAAAUGUUAAACCUAAAGCUGUUAGACUUGAACCUUGUAAAUGCUUAACACCUGUUCAUUAACUAGAAUUUAAGUAGGUAUGAUCACAAUAUUCUAUGUAGGUAUAACUUAUACCAAAUAUUUAAACUGCUUGAGUUUACAUUUAAUGUAUUGUUGCUGAAGUCAGACAUUCUUACUUACAUUCUUGGGUCUUUAUGUCUUGAAAAUUCUGCUCUCAGGUCUUAGAAUGUGUCUGCUUGUACAAAUGUGAAUGUUGUUACAAAAAAAUAUUCUUGAUGGUUUGUAAAUUUGUCUAUAAAUUUAUUUUUAUAGCACCAAAAUCAGGAAAAAUACAAUAAUUGUAAAAUGCAUAGGGCUUUAAUUUGAAUAUUUUCGAAUAGUGACAGAGGAACAUUUGAUUUAAAUAUUGAUUGUUUGCUUGAGCUUUUUUUUCUUGCGCAAGUUCCUUCUCUAGCUAUAAGUAAGUUCCAAAGAGUCUUUGCAUCUAAGUACAUUCUUGCAUUUGUUACUCGUUAAAGCUGUGCAGAAAAGGAUUGUAUUUCUAGGCCUUGAUCGUUGAACUUGUUAUUCCAACUGUAAGGUGUAUGAAAGUGUAUAUUUUGAAAAUAAAGCUUGCCUAGUUGGAAUUCCGAUAUUUUGUGUCUGUAGCUCAAUAUAGAAUGAUUUAUUUUGAA